GGAGGAGUACAAGGUGAUGGAGGAGGAGUUCAAGGCAAUGGAGGAGGAGGAGAGCAAGGUAUUGGAGGAGGAGGAGAGCAAGGCAAUGGAGGAGGAGGAGUACAAGGUGAUGGAGGAGGAGUUCAAGGCAAUGGAGGAGGAGUUCAAGGGAUUGGAGGAGGAGUACAGGGCAAUGGUGGAGGAGAGCAAGGCAAUGGAGGAGGAGGAGAGCAAGGCUUUGACUUUCACAAUGGAGGAGGAGGAGAACAAGGCAAUGGCAGAGGAGUGCAAGGCAAUGGCAGAGGAGUGCAAAGCAAUGGCGGAGAAGUGCAAAGCAAUGGAGGAGGAGGAGAGCAAGGCAAUGGAGGAGGAGGAGUACAAGGCAAUGGAGGAGGAGGAGUACAAGGUGAUGGAGGAGGAGUUCAAGGCAAUGGAGGAGGAGUUCAAGGGAUUGGAUAAGUGGUACAGGGCAAUGGAGGAGGAGAGCAAGGCUUUGACUUUCACAAUGGAGGAGGAGGAGGAGAACAAGGCAAUGGCGGAAGAGUGCAAGGCAAUGGCAGAGGAGUGCAAAGCAAUGGCGGAGAAGUGCAAGGCAAUGGAGGAGGAUGAGUACAAGGCAAGGGAGAAAAUGAUGGAAGAAGUGUAGUGUAGUAUAAGACUGAACAUAGUCAAUAUGUUCUAUCAGUACUACUUAAACAUGUAAAUACUUGUAAAUACUUAUAAAUAAAGCAUUAAAAAUGAA